AUGGUAUAUCUCAGAUUGGAAGGUUUAAAAAUCUCAGAUGCUUUAAUCAGUACAAUUCUUCAUUCAUAUUUAGAUAUAUACUUUUUCAUUCUUGAUAAAAGUAAAGGUUUUACUAAUAUACCAAUUAUAGAGAUUGUAAGAUUUUCUCUAAAACUACAGCAUCUGAGUCUUAAUUCAUCUAUCGAGGAGAUACUAUGCAACUAUACCAAUUUGAAAUAUCUUGGUUUGGAGGGGUGUAAAGAGAUUAGUGAAGAA